GUGUUCCCUUGGUCGCCGGAAGAUCCGCAGCUGUACCUGGUGGAGAUUUGUCUGAAAGAAGUUCUCAUCACGCGACGUGGACGAAGGGAGGAAGACAAUUUUGAUGAAAAAGCAGACGUGGACCUUGACCUUGUCGAGGUGAUAGAGGAAGGACUGGUCCUCCAGGAGGAAAAACUGAAGGUUGGGUUCCGAACGGUGGAGUGCGGGACGAAUUUAUCCCAUCCCCCCAACGUGUUAUGCGUGAACGGCCGGCCGAUCGUGAUCAAGGGCGUGAACCGCCACGAAUUUCAGUGGCAAAGGGGUCGCGUGCUCUCGGAGGCGGACAUGCUGCAGGACCUGGCGCUGCUGAAAGCGGGUAACUUCAAC